UUACGGAAAUUCACAAUGACAAACAAAUCUGUUAUCGUUACAUUUAUUGAUUUUAGAUGCAACAGUAUCUGUCCCCCAAGUGCGCGCGCGUCAUGGCGAUGUUCAGGAGUGGAAUCGAUAUCGGGUUUUACCAUGGUGAUUUUAUCGCCUUUUCUGCCAGUGACGUACUCUGUCGCAGACAUCUUGGAUAAAUUAGGAACUGGCAGGGAAAUAAACAGACAUCUCUUUCGCAAAGCAAAAAAAAUUGACAUAAUGAACAGUUUUCACGUCCUCGGAUUCGCGACAUUGAUCUAUGCAGUCCAAGCUUCUGGCUAUGCAGAUCUUCUUGCAGAUCUAUACAUGUACAAUCUAGACAACCCUUACAAUGACAAAAUGGCGACCGACUGGGAUGUUGUAUAUCCGGACACUCUCUCUGACCCAAAGGAACCACGUGACUACGGAGAGACUGCGCUCAGAGAUCAAGAAUAUAUGAAACAGCUCCCAAUUUCCGGUUAUCAAUUUAUUUCAGGCGGUACUGGAAGACAGGAAGAUCCGUCUGAAGUGAAGACAGACAAAGUACUACCAGCGUAUUGUACCCCUCCAAACCCCUGCCCAUUUGGCUACACAGGAGAAGAUAACUGCGUAAAAGACUUUGAAAACACACCUGAAAAGAAUCGCAAAAUUCUUGAAGAACAAGACUGCCCUUGUGAUGCUGAACACAUGCUAAGCUGUCCACCUGGCAAGAAAACUAUCGACCCGAAAUCCGGAUUUGUAAGUGACGGUUUGGGAACGGGAGAUAACACCGAUCUUGACGCUCUUGACUCGCUUGGAUCAAUGGAAAAUAUCGACCUGUCUGAAAACCCAUACUUCAGUAUGGACACAAAGCGACAAAAACUUGUUGCCAAGAAAUCUCCCCAUUUCAUAAAGAAAAGGGAUAGCCCGGAACGCAUUGGAGACAUUUUCCCUUUCAAUUUUGAGGAAACAAUUGAAAAUCCAUAUUUGUACGGACAGAAGAAAAGUGUUGCCGCCAAAAAGCAAGCUCCUGAUCACAUGAUCAAAUAAAACUCCUGUGAAAAAAGUGAAUGUUUUGUUUCCGUAUAUUUUUGUGAUAAAUCUUAUUUUUAGAAGUAGGGAUACAAUCAACUUUUUUUUGCUGAUAUAAUGUUAUAAAGUGUUUUAAGGUGCGUUGUUUUUUACUUGUUUCUGAUUAUUACAUAGAUUUUAAAAAAUGUUACGGAGCUCUUACUAUAUCUUAUUAUGCAUUUAAUUUUCUGUCUGUUAAGAAAGGAGAAACAAAUCAAGUGAUGAUUUCUUAUAUUUUUAUGAGCAUUUCCUUUGUUCAUUCGAUUGAGUGGGCUUGUAUUCGUUUAACUUCUUACCUGUGCAUUUUAGUUCCGAUGAUUUCAAGGAUCAAAUUAUAAUUUUGAGCACUGGACAGUAUAUAAUAUAGAGUUAUUCAGUACAGUGCUGGUUUCAGAGGUUAAAUAAAUGUAUGAUUUUUCUAAUUUUCCAAAAGAAGUCAAAAUCGAUAUCUAAAUUAAAAAAAAUCAUCCCAGUUAAUAACACAAUUAAAAUGACAACAACUUAUCUACAAUCAAUGAUACAAGAUUACUGAGUGACCAAUAUAUCAGACUGAGAGAUUUUUCCCAUUAAUAAUUUUAUUGAUAUUGGUCACCCUAAUAAAAAUUUAAUACCCACCAUUCAGUUUUGAUAGUGUAUUGACAUUUACAUUAAAAUUUUAAUGACACAUGCUUUCUUCUGGAUAGAGUAAUAACAUUUUUACUCGGUUGUAACUUUAAACGCUAAUUUGAACUUAUUUAACCCGACCAUUUGCCGGGUAUUUACUAUGUUACAAUGACAUGUUUGCACUAAUACCACGCGAAUUGCGUCUUCAAUUACCUCCCUUGCCAAGAAAAAAAACAACAACAAAAAACAACAACAACAACAAAAACAACAACAACAUCUUCGUACUAUUUUUUUUCCAGAAUAAACGUAAGAAAACAUUGUUUUCAUACCAUUUUCUGCAAUAAAGAGCAAACAAUCAUACAGUCA